AUAUCGCUAACCCUCAGCGAACUCGACGUUUCAGUCUCCGCCCAACUUGCGGUUAAAUCGAUUGAUUCUCUUGUUCACUUAUUAAACAAAUCAGUAUGUGCUUAUGACCUAGAGCAUUACUUUGUUAUGCCCACGAUUUAAAUUGUACUCGAGUUCUGACAGGGUUUUAAUCGGUACAGAUUCAAAAUGAAGCACCUUGCCGCUUACCUUCUUAUCACCCUUGCUGGCAACACCAGCCCCUCUGCUGAGGACAUCAAGGGCGUUCUCUCUUCUGUCGGCAUUGACGCCGAUGAGGAGCGUCUCCAGAAGCUCCUCUCCGAGCUCGAGGGCAAGGACAUCCAGCAGUUGAUCUCUGAGGGUGCUGAGAAGCUCGCUACCGUUCCCACCGGUGGUGCUGGUGCUGCUGCCCCUGCUGCUGGCGGUGCUGCUGCCGGUGGCGACGCCCCUGCCGCGGAGGAGAAGGAGGAGGAGAAGGAGGAGUCCGACGAGGACAUGGGAUUCGGUCUCUUCGACUAAGCGCCUUCACUCGUACGACCCUCAAAAACUCCGUGAUAUCUCAUGGGGGAACAGAAAUCUGGCAGUCAUUUGCAGUAUUGGGAGGAAAAUGGCCUAUUUCGGUCAAAUCUGCUUGUCUCAGGCUACUCUGAUGCAGUUACGAAUUUUGCAUGCGUGAGCUGAAAAAGCUCGUUGAUAGCCAAUACAGAUUAUCUGACCUCCACGACUUGCAUAUCACGUAGAUGCGCGUAAGCUGACUUUCGAGUAUGAAUUAUGGGGCGCGAAAUUGUACUGCAACCAUUAAUUACAUAUCAGAAAGAGUUAGGCCCUUUUAAGCCCCAGUUAACCAGAAGCAGAACCAUCG